GUUUUAACUGAUGAAAGUGCACCAAGAACAGUUUGCCGCGCUCCCUUGCCUCGUGUUUGGUACCCAGGGUUAUGUCUCAUACAAAGCCUAAAAAAACAAGGAAGCUGCGUGGUCAUGUGAGCCAUGGUCACGGGCGAGUGGGAAAGCAUCGCAAGCAUCCUGGUGGUCGGGGUAAUGCGGGUCUCGAGCACCACCAUCGCAUCAACAUGGAUAAAUACCAUCCGGGUUAUAUUGGCAAGGUUGGAAUGCGUCACUACCACUUGAAAAGGAACCCUUACUACUGUCCAACCAUUAAUUUGGACAAAUUAUGGUCUUUGGUUUCACAAACCACAUACGAGAAGUAUAAAGAAUCCAAUGAUGGCAAAGCGCCGGUGAUAGACUGUUUACGUAAAGGUUAUUUCAAGGUUUUGGGAAAAGGAUACCUCCCAAAGGUCCCUGUGAUCGUUAAAGCUAGGUUUUUCUCUCGGAAGGCAGAAGAGAAGAUACGGGCAGCUGGGGGUGCUUGUAUACUAACCGCAUAAAUAUAUUUUAGAAGUUUGGUUUGUCCAUUUUUAAAUUGCCUUUCGUCUCCCAAUGACAUCUCACGGUGAUGACCCCAGGGUGUCAUCUGACCUGUGUUCAGUCUUAAUUAAAAUUCCCGUGAUCAGUGUUCAUUACUCAGUAUUGAGACUACCACAUCUAAUGAAGUGGUCUGUCAUGUGUAGACAAGUGUUAGCUUAAGCAAGCAGACUGAAAGGCUUGACGGUGAUUUUUUGAAUGUUAGGCAACUACAAUACUUGUCACGAAUGGUUAACUCCCAAUUCUAGUCGAAGGUUUCGCGUUAUCUAAUUCCCAAUGGCUUACAAGCUUUUUAAAAGCUAAUGAUGCGUCAACAUCAAUUCGGAGGCACAAAUUGUAUGAGUGUUCAUGAAUUGAUUGCACUUGGUGGGUCUCCUGCGCGAACUCAGGUCAAUUACAGAUAUAUUUGACAUGCGUCUUCUGCCUAUCAAAUAUAAAGUGAUACUCCAGAAUAUGUCUGCAACUACUCUGAGUUUGAUAAUUGGGAUUGAAGUUCGGAGCACCCCACGUAGUUCGGUGAUUGUUUCCGCCCUAACCGUUUGGUUCCUGGCGAACUCUCAGCUCGAAUACAGAAGGCUGGUUUGGGACCUAUCAACCUGCGUCAUUUGGGUGGCACCCAACGAAAUGUCCGGCUAUCAAUCAAAGGGCGAGUAUGCUGCGCUGCAGGCUCCUGUAAAACCUCUGGGAGACAUGGCCGUUAAAAGUAAAAGACAAAGCAGUUACAGGGUUUUGAUCAUAGGUGUCUUCGUAGUGUAGCUUGUGUUUAGUGGAUUCAGUGUUGAGGUCAGGCGAAGGGUAAUAGGCAUGUCGAUUGAAUGGG